AAGCGAAAGAAGAAGAAGAGCGCAAAUUCGAGUCCCGCCAGAAAGCUGGUGGUGCACGAGGACGCAGUCCAGCCCGCUCAGCAUGUCGCGCGUCCUCAACGGCAUCGUGGCGGUGUGCCCCGACCUGGGCAUCGGUUGUCAUGGAAACCUGCCCUGGCAUCCCGUCAGACUUAAUAACGAGUUCAAACAUUUCCGAAGGAUGACGGCGACGGCCUCGGUGAAAGACAAGCAGAAUGUGGUGAUCAUGGGGAGAAAAACGUGGUUUUCCAUCCCGGAGAAAAACAGACCUCUGAACAACAGGAUCAACAUCGUCCUCAGCAGGGAGCUCAAAGCGCCCCCUGCAGGAGCACACCACCUGGCACCAGACUUCAGCUCGGCCCUCCGGCUGGUCGACAUGGAGCUGGCAGAGCAGGUGGACCAGGUGUGGGUCAUAGGGGGCAGCUCUCUGUACAAGGAGCUGAUGGAGAGCACGGGCACCAGGAGACUGUUUGUCACUCAGAUCCUGAAGCAGUUUGAGUGUGACACAUUCCUCCCUGAAAUCUGUCUGGACAAAUAUCGUCUACUGCCAGAGUUUCCAGGAGUACCACAAGAGCUCCAGGAGGAGAAUGGUGUCCAGUACAGAUUUGAAGUCUAUGAGAGCAUUGAUGAAUGAUAAAUAAAACAAGAACAAUGUAAAGUC